AGGGCCCGUUGCGGGCUCCAUCCCGAGGUCCCGGGCCGCUCGCGAGGCGACAUGCUGAGGCGGAGCCUGGAAAGCCGGGACGCCCAGACCAGACAGCUGCAGGAUGCGGUCUCCAACGUGGAGAAGCACUUCGGGGAGCUGUGCCAGAUCUUCGCGGCCUAUGUGCGCAAGACGGCCCGGCUGCGGGACAAAGCCGACCUCCUGGUGAACGAAAUCAACGCCUACGCCGCCACCGAGACGCCCAACCUGAAGCACGGCCUGAAGAACUUUGCUGAUGAGUUUGCCAAACUUCAGGACUACAGGCAAGCCGAGGUUGAAAGACUUGAAGCCAAAGUAGUUGAACCUUUGAAAACUUAUGGAACUAUUGUGAAAAUGAAACGGGAGGAUCUCAAAGCAACCCUAACAGCAAAGAAUCGAGAGGCUAAGCAGUUAACUCAACUAGAAAGGACACGUCAGCGGAAUCCAUCAGAUCGGCAUGUUAUAUCACAGGCAGAAACUGAAUUGCAGAGAGCUACAAUGGAUGCUACCAGAACGAGUCGGCAUCUGGAGGAAACAAUUGACAAUUUUGAAAAGCAAAAAAUAAAGGACAUAAAGAAUAUAUUUUCAGAAUUUAUAACAAUUGAAAUGCUAUUCCAUGGCAAAGCUUUAGAAGUCUACACUGCUGCCUACCAAAAUAUACAGAAGAUUGAUGAAGAAGAAGAUAUAGAGAUUUUUCGGAGCUCUCUUUAUCCACCUGACUAUUCAACACGUUUAGAUAUUGUUCGAGCAAACUCAAAAUCUCCUCUUCAGAGAUCUAUUUCUGCCAAGUGUGUAUCUGGAACAGGACAGCAGAUUCCCACCAGUCGGAUAAGAAAAGAUCAACAAGAUGAUGAUGAAGAGGAUGAUGAUGAAUUAGAAGUUACAGAAGAAGAAAAUUAAUUUUAUAUGUGCUUUUUACCAGUUUCCCUCAAAAUCAUCAAAACUUCAAUUUAGAUCAUCAGUUGUUAAAAUUUUAAAACUAGGCAACAAGAAACUAACAUGUAUAUACACACACACACACACACAUAUAUAUAUAUAUACACACACACCAUUAACAAAUAUUUCAAAGAACCUAAAGUUUCAAAAAGCAAAUGGGUUUUGAGGAAUUAUCCUCAGAAAAGAAUGUAAUUAAAGAAAAUUUCUGUAGCCCCAAAAUUAAGAAGGUAAAAUAAAAUUUAAAAUCUACCACUAGUUUAAUUCUUUUACCCCAAGGUUAUGGUAUUCGUUGUAUUAUCUUGAAAGCUGUCUUUUAGAUUGUUGUCAUAUCACGAAGACAAAUGACAAUUGCCAAAAGAACUGUAUCACUUUCUCUUGGUUUUGUAUAUAGGGAACAAACAGUUUCCAUGCCUUCAUUAAAAAAAACUGUUAUCAGUUAAAAUUGCUUCAGAAUCAUUCUGAUAAAUUAGUAACAUUCCAUAAAGUACUUAAAUGCAGUUGCUUUACUUAUUAUUUGCCAAGUCAGAUCUACCUAGUUAAUACCUUAAUAGUCAAAAAUAAGCCAAGAAAUUAGAAGGCUAAGGAAAUUGAUUGUAUUUUUAUAUAUUCCAUGAAACAUAAAAAGGAUAAGGUUGUUAAAAGGGUGAAAAAACAGAGCAGUGAAUUUCAAAUAGCAAUUAUUACAAUGUGUGAUCCUGACUUCAGAGAACCUGCUAUAGAGAGAGCACAAGCCACUAGUAAAAGUAAAGGAAGUCUGAAAUUGUAUUAGGAUUUCUAAAUACUGAAAUUUAUUCUCAUUAAUUACUGAUUCUUAUACCCAGAAAUAUGAAGUUGGAGACAUUUGAAUCAUAGGAUUUUGGUAUGUCUGUGACAUUUUUUCAUUUCCAUAAUUUCCUUCUGGGAAAACGUUUGUAAUCUUCAUAUUGUUUCAUUGAUUCAGACAAGAAUAUUUUACUAAUUGUGAAAUUUAUUUUCUUUGGAAUGCCAGAAAACCAACUCUUCACAACACAUAAAAAUAAAGACUUUACAGAAACUA